AUGGGGCUGCUCACCUGUGGCCGGCCGGAGAUGGCAGAUGGCGGCGGCAACAGCUCGGACGGUGGUGGUUGGUGGCGCUCCGGUGAGCUCCCGCGGCGGUUAAGGAGCGGACGGCGUGCACCCGGCCGAGGCGAAACGGCCGGUGGUGGCGGCGCUCGCGGGCGUGGCCACGGGCGGCCGGGGCGGCGGGCUGAAGGCGGCAGCGCUAAGGGCGACUCCGGCGAGGAAUUCAUCCAGCCGGGCGGCGUGAAAGAGAGAGGGGGAAAGGGAAAAUGGAGGGGGUGGCACGGGGAUUUAAGGGGAGCGGCUCAGGGCCUGGGGUGGGGAUGCGGGCGAUGUGGGGAGGUGGGGGCUGUUGGGCGCUGCGAGGUGGUCGUGGAGGUCGUGGCCGGGGCGGUUGGAGGUGGGGGAUGA